UGAUGAUGAUGAACUUGUUGUUGUUGUAUUGACACUGUGUCCCUGCAGCUGAGUGUAAAGUGUCUUUUUGAUCCUGAAGUGCUGCCAUCCUGUUCAUGUAGUGUUCCCAUUAUUUAGUCCAGCAGCAGCUGUAGUUGCACUGCAGCCAGUCUGUUCUGUGUGUGUGUGUGUGUGUGUGUGUAGCAGUGUGGGUUAUUCACAGUGCUGCUAUGCAGACUGACUGGAGCCACGCUCAGACAGCUCCACUGUAACCCUGAGUCUGAGGCACAGGCCAGAGCUGCUCACACACAGAAAGACACUUUUAACAGCUGAGGAAAAAGCUUUCAGUGGGACGACUUGUGUGGAAUAGCAGAUGUUACACAGCUUUGUGUACUAAUGUGGAUUAUUCAGGAUGCUGCUAUGCAGACAGAGUGGAGCCACAGUAAACCUGCUGGUGUGCGGCCUCUGUCAGUGCAGCUGAGCAGCUUGUGUUUCACAGUUGGCAGCUGAAGUAUCUGGCUGGAAGGAAGAGUCUUCACACAGUUAAGAUAGGACAUACGUGAUUAAGAUUGUGCAUCUAUUAAACGUUUGGCACUGUCUGGGACCAAAACAGAUCCACUUGAAUGUUGCUGGUGAAACCUACAGCAGGUGAACCUGUAGAAAGAUGACGCUCACUCUUAUGUGACAUUCUGAAACAUUUUGUCAGAGUUUGGUUUCACUUCAGCUGAAGUUAGAUUGUGUUGUUGGAUUACAUUUAACUCGGGCUGGUUAGUCACACUAAUUGUUGGAAAAUGAAGAACCCCCACCAGCUGAGUGAUACAUGGAAUGGAUCUCUGAACAAAGAGCCAGUGCUGAUCUCUGUGCCAGGCACUAACAAGAAGUUCAAGAGGAAGUCCCGUGAGCCGAAAAAGCUUUUCAGCAGCUCUGAGUCGGACAGAAUGAAAAACUAUCGAGCGGACAUGUCAGAUGACGAUCAAGCAGAUGACACCCAAACUGAGGCGCGUGGUGUCGGCAGGUUGGGUCCCUUGCAGAGACAGCUGAUGAUGUCACAGGAGUCAACGGCCAGUGCCACAGGGAUCCUGUCCGGGCUAUCAGAAGGCAGCAUGGCUCCAGCCCAGAGUGGCGCCAUAGACAUGAGAAUUGGUAUUAACGUGCCAGCCAUCACUUCCAAACUGUCCCAGCUAGCUGCUCCUCCAUUCUCCAGCCCAGAGAUCUCCCACUGGCCCACAGCCAUCUCCCAGCCUCUGUCCAACAGACUCAAACUGGGCAUUCGAUCCACUUUCCCUCUGUCAACAUCCAGCAGCAGCAGCCACAGCCUGUCACCCAGUCACCAGGCCUUCUCCAUGGAGCCUUCUCUGUCAGGACAGGCUGCAUCGCUGUCUGUCCCCAGAACUUCCCACACCUCCCAGUGUCAAGACCACUUGGAGCUCCAGGCGCAGUCACCUCAGGACUCUCCUCAGAAGAGGCCCGGGACAAGCGCUGAUGGACCUGGGCGUCUUCCGGAGGUCAAAGCCGUCCAGCAGACUAGGAGACUUCUGGCCAACGCCAGGGAGAGGACCCGUGUCCACACCAUCAGUGCUGCGUUCGAGGCCCUGAGGAAGCAGGUACCGUGUUAUUCCUAUGGGCAGAAGCUUUCCAAGCUGGCUAUAUUACGUAUCGCCUGUAACUACAUCCUAUCUCUGGCUCAGUUGGCUGAGCUGGACUACAGUUCAGAGCACGGCAGUGUGAGCUUCUCUCAGUGUGUGGAACAGUGUACCAGGACUCUGCAGGCCGAGGGCAGGAGCAAGAAGAGGAAGGUUGGAAGGAUGCCGGAGGACGUGUGAUGUCGUCCCACUAAGUUUGGCGGGGUCUCCUGCUCUUAUGGACGCAGCUACAUCAGUCCAUCGUCACACAGUCAGCCUCAGGCUCAGAUCAGCUGCUGCUCAGAGACGAGAAAAUGACGUUCAUUUGAGCGUGAAGACAUGUUUCCAUGGAGAACAUCAAAGCUCAACACAGUAACAAGUGACAUAAAAAACAUAAACACACUAUGUAGACAGACCAAAUCUAACACGGAUUAACAGAAACAAAAAACGUGGCGGUGCCACGUGUGGAUGGAACUGGCGUCUAGUGAUAAUGAUGAUGAUAACUAACUGUAGACUUUGUACUUCGGAAACUUCAGUGCUGACGUGUGGACUUCUGCGUAACCUGAGUAUUCUUCUCUCAAAAAUAUUAGACAUGAUGACUGUGCUUACAUGCAGCUACACUUUCUACACUGAAUGUUUUGAUUUUGAUACUGUUGUAUAUUACUCCAAGAAGUAUUAGUGUGCGUCUCGGUUCUUGAUUGAAUUGUGAACCUUUAAGUGCCAAAAUUAUGUUUAAACAGAACUUUAUAGUCUCGCUAAAUAAGUCCCAAACACCCAGUGCUCUUUAAUCCACCUGCGCUGAUGCAGGUCAAUUACAGAUCUUUCCAGUAGCUUUUCUUCUCUACUUUUAUUUCUAACAUGGAGCCAGGAUGUCUUCUGACCAGGGAUUCAUGUACCACAGUGGCCUUCAGCAUGUAAAACGUGUACUGCAAUUCCAACUCCAAACAUUGUAAAGUGUGGUUGCCAUGGUUUUUGAAACACAGAGCUGCACUUAAACGCAGCGUUACACUGCGUUCCUGCACAUACACAGGCCAAUAGCACCCACAAGCUUCUCUGUCCCAUUAUCUGUCUUUGUUCUUUUUUCUUUUUUCAGUAAAAGGUGGAAUAUAAAUGUGAUUUGAGCAACACCAGAGAAUUAUUACAUGGAGAGAAAAGGCGACAAUAAUGAGUUUAAACCAUUAUAUUUGUCAAAUACCCACCAACAAUGAUUGUGAAAUAGAGAGGCAGACUAUUAGGUUAUGUUGGCUGUAGCCAGACCCGGAGCUUUGGGUGGGCCUAAGGUUGCCCAACCCCUUCAAGGAGUUUAUGUAUGAAGAUUGUAUUGUCACUCAGAUUUCCUGGAGGUCAGUGAAUGCAUCUUGAUGGUCAGCAUGGUUGGGCUCUGUGAUAAGCAGGAAAUUUAGAGGGAACAACUGUGUGUUUAUUGAUAGUUUUGUGUACAACAGGCAGUUAUAGGAGCCCGAGCUUACAGCUGUGGAUCAGACCAAUCGCCUCACGUUUCACCUACUGAAGCAAGUAUUUAGUGAGAAGGGUUUUCAUGUCAUUAGAACUCCUGGAAGGACAGAAACAUCUGCUACUGGUCAGUACCGGCCACGAUCCUGCUCUAAAUGAUGCUCCUUCUGCCUGCACUUACCGUGGCCGGGAUGACAGUUGCAGCCGAAUCAGCUCAGAGAAAGUGAACUUCCUCCGGAUGAUGGGAAUGGAUAUUGUGCAACAUGUUGACUGCAUUCAGUGGUGACUGCAAGCUGUGCUGAAAACGUGUGAAAAGACUUUACUCGUGUUUUAUUACUCUGCUUGUGUCACCUGCCGUGGUGUAAAUGACGCACACUGAUGUCCAGUAUGACUGACUUCAUACUCUGUAUGUUUUUGUUUUAUUAAAGGUAGUUCAUAAAAAGCAGUUUACAUUGUUUUGCUAUAAUUAGAAAAUCAAUUGCCCAUCCAUGAGUUGGACUCUGGUUCUGCAGCUUUGUUUGGAGAAAAUGAUUCAUGUCUUGUCGUCAGUUUCCUCUCUGCUGUCAGGAAUUUGUCUUCAUUUUCAUGCAUCUCCACUGCAGGCCCUUGUUUUUCUUGACCUCCAGUUAAAAUGUUUGAGAGGAGUAGUGAGGCUUUUUAGGGUUGGGCCAGUGAGGCACUGCAGCUGCAGCUCACUGUGGAGACUUCUGGCAACAUGGCUGUGUAAGGUUAUGAGCUGCAUUAUUGAUGGGUGGCAGUAGGUGGUGCAACAUAGUAAAAUAAUAAAAGAGUUAAAAUGUCAAAUAAAAAUGUUGAAUAUACUGGCUGCACCAUUAAUAAAGGUGGUAUUUCAAUUUAA